AUGAGCAGCAAAGUAGCACAACCAGCCGCCGAUGACUUGGAUGAUGGAUUAGAAUAUGACCUCCAAUAUUCAGAACCAGAGGAAAAUUUUGAAGUUAUAGAAAAUGGAUCCGAUGCCGAAGAAAUCUCGGACAACCAACAACCACAACCAUCAUUAUCAUCAUCAAAAAGGAGAAAGAAGGAUAACUCUGGUCUUCAAGAAAAGAAAAAGAUGAAAAUGGAAAUGGAUAUCGAAGCUAAGAAGAAUAUUUCUCUCGAGGAAUCUACUGAAAUGAUUUCUGAAUUCAUUAAUUCAAAGAUUCGUAGAAAGAAUCAAAAUUUAUCAGCAUUAGAAUUGGCGGAAUUAUAUUUCAAUAAAAGUGAAAUUAGAUCUACUUCUGAAUACAAAGAGACCAGGAAUUUGGAUAAUUUGGCUGGGUUUAUAACUCAAAAGUUUAAGAAUAUGUUGCCUACUAAUAAGAUAAAGAAAGACAAGAAAGAUAAAAAGAAGAAACCGAAAAAGGAACAAAAAGAAGAACAACCAGCAGACCAAGAUGCGGAAGAACGCAAAUUCAUAGCUAUAGUUUCAAUGUCUGCUAUAAGGGCCUGUGACAUCCAUAGAGCCACCAAAGAUAUUUCCGGCUCGUCUCUUAAAUUGAUCAAUAAGAAUAAAUUACAUGUUGAUUUAAAAUUGGUAAAAACUACCAGAUCAAGAGUGUUGUGUUGUACUCCAGGAAGAUUAAUAAAAGUAUUAAAUAGUGAAGAUUCAGAACUCAAACCAGAAGAAAUUAAGAUUAUAAUUGUUGAUAAUUCAUAUUUGGAUACUAAGAAACAAAACAUAUGGGAUAUACAAGAAACUUUUGAAGCACUUAAGAAAUUAACCAAGGAAGGUUCUAAGCUUUAUCUCUAUUGA